AAUUUUUGUAUGGUUCAGUUGUUCUAUGGUGGUGGAGAUAAGUCAGAUGUGUGCUGUAUUGUUUGAUUUAAAAUUUUGAAGUAAACGUAAUACAGGUUUCUAUGUUACUAUGAAUUUUAUCAUGUUCAUGAACACUUUUUGUUUUGGAUUAAAAUUUGUAGUCAGGUGCUACGUAUAGUUGUUUUGGAUGGAUAAAGAAAUUUCGAUUGACAGCUGCACGUCACGUAGGCAUUGUGAAAGUGAGUUUGGAUCUCAAACCGACAACGUAAACAUUGAUUUGUUGCCAAAUACUAGUUCCAGAAACAGAACUUUUGAAGCCUUUGGAGAUUUCGAAAAGGCCAUAAAUUCUGUUGAUGGUGUAACUAAUGACCCUGACCCUAAUAUCCAAUCUCCUGAAGCAAUGGGCAUUGAAAAUGCUUGGGCAGAUGACAGUAACUCUAGGUGUUCCACUUCGGACUAUCCUAUCCCUCUGCCUCCACCUGGUGGGUUUGAGGAUUUUGGCUGCCUGGAUCCAGAGACCCCGGCGGUGGAGCACGGCCCUUUCCCGGAGUCUGACAUCGGCAGCCUGUUUUCUGCGGAGACUACCCUUCAAGAGGAUGUCAGAGACCCGUCGGCCCAGCCCGGGGUGUGCGGGCUCCGGAACCUCGGCAACACCUGCUUCAUGGCGGCCGGCCUGCAGUGCCUGGCAGCCACCCCGCCCCUGGUCCAGUUCUUCCUGCGGCGGCCCGCGUCCGAGAAGGACGGCCAGCUCUGCCUGACGGAGCAGUUCACCCUGCUGGUGCACAAGGUGUGGACCGGCGACUUCGCUGUCCUGCACCCCGCCGGGUUCAAGCAGGCCCUCGGCGUGAAGCACCCGCAGUUCAAGGACUACAGACAGCACGACUGCCAGGAGUUCCUGGCGCUGCUUCUGGACAACCUGCACGAACAGCUCAACACGGCCAGCAGCAAGAGCGUGCUGUCCGACGUGUCCACCUCCCCCGCCACCCCCCGCAGCCAGUGCGACGCCUCGGAGGACGCCCGCAAGCUGCUGCCCGACGCCGCGGACCUCGAGUCCUCGCAGCAGAUGAGCUGUGUUGACGGUGGCAGAUACAGCCACUCCACGUCUUCGUCCCACAGCUCGGAGAGCUCCGGCGAGACGCGGAACAUGUUCCGUCUGCAGCCGAUCCCAGAGGGGGUCCAGCCCUUCAAAGCGUUAUCCCAUUCCGACGACGACAUGGAUACAGAGCUGCUGACGAACAUGUCCGGAGAUGCGGCAGAGCAGGAAGAGUCGCCGGUCUUCACGCAAGGUCCCAGCAACAACCUCACAAUAUGCAACCUGCUGCACGACGGCCCCGUGCAGUCCGCGGCCCGGCCCACGCUGGAGAAGAACAACAUCUCGGAAGACGUGGGGACCCGUACGCCGGGCAUCUACGAGCUGCGGGACAUCAUGAAGGACGCCAAGACCUCGAAUGUGAACGUUCUGGUGACCGACCCGGAGGCCAACAAUGAGAUUCGGUUCGACUCGGAGAAGUAUCCCAAGUACGAGGGCACCCGCCGCCCGCACGCCCUGGAGACCGCCAAUCUCACGGAGUUCCACGACUUCGACGGCAAGGCGGUUAGCGUGAAGAGGAUCAAGGAGACGAACCUGCUGAGCGCGGGCACGGGCGGGAGCGAGUGCAUCGCGCAGAGCGCCUGCUGCUUCAGCAACAUCAAGCGCAUGCGGCUGGAGGAGCAGGAGAAGAACUUCCGCAUGGAGUGCGAGCGCAAGCUGAGGCACCUGGACGAGAGCUCCACCGGGGCGGAGCUGUGCGGUGACGAAGCCAUGCCCGGAGCGAGCGGGGCCCAGCCCCGGGGCUCCCUCGGGGAUGAGAUCGAAGCGGACAAGCACUGGGAGAAACACCUGAGCACCAACCAGAGCAUCAUCGUCGACACCUUUCAAGGGCAGUUCAAGAGCACUGUUGUGUGCGCUGUGUGCAAGCAUGUGUCCGUCACGUAUGAGCCGUUCAUGUACCUGUCUGUCCCACUGCCCCACGCGAUGGAGCGCCAGAUAUGCGUGACGUUUGUGCCGGCCGGUGCGGCGGAGCUGGUGCGCUACCUGCUGACCCUCGACAAGCAGGGCAAGGUGCAGGACAUGAAGGACGCCCUGCUGAAGCUCGUGGACCGGGCUGGCCUGGUGCCCAAGAAGGUGGUCCUUGCAGAGGUCCUGGAGAACCACAUCGCGAGGAUCCUGGAUGACAACUCAUUGGUUCGUUAUGUAAAUGAUACUAACCGAGACAUCUAUGCAUUUGAAGUUAUUGCUCCCUUGCAUGUAAAGUCGAGGCCUAAGCCGGAAAAGAAUGCUGCCAAAGAAGAUGAACCAGAGGAGGAGAGCGCUGCGACUGGGGAGGAGUUCGGCAGCCGCGAGAGCCUGCCGGGGUCUGUGGACUGCGCAAAGGACGAUGCCCUCGACCAGCCGUUCGUGGGCGAUGAGCGUGGGGACGGCUGGCGCAGCUGUGCCAUCUGUCUGGAGGUCAUCGACACGGACCUGCGCAGACACCCCUCGUGCAACUGCUUUCUGUGCAGCUCCUGCAUAGACACGUCGUGUCACCACAGUGGGGGCGACACCUUGCAGUGCCCCAUGUGCCGGGAGAUGGUGCGCCCUGGGGUGGACUUGGUGCCAGUGGACACAGUGGGCAAGGCGAAGCCUCGAGUCAGGUUCUUAAAUGUUCCUCUGGUGCUGCGGCUGGACAUAGAGGGGGAUGGCAACAACAACAAGAAAAUGGCGAAGCUUUUUGGACAUCCCCGGCUGCUGCGGCUGCCCAACAGACUGGCCGGCAGCGACCUGUAUUCUGCGAUCGGCAAACUGGUCCCCUGCCACGCCACUUACACUAUCCUGCUCGUGGACGGCCAGGGGUACCGCUGCUCACGCUGCAUGUACACGGUGCACUGCCGCGGCUGCCCCGUGCCGGCCUCCGGCGAGGUGCUGCUCACCAACGGGGACACGCUAGCCGUCCGCUUCACUGAGCCGUUCCCGCCCGAGUGCUGCGAGCGGACGUCGGACCACCCCAGCAUGCGCAAGCAGCGUCGCCACGAGCCGCUGUCUUUGUACGACUGCCUCAACGCCUUCAGCGAGAGUGAACAGCUGGACGAACACAAUCCAUGGUACUGCCCCAUUUGUCAAAAGAACCAAUGUGCCACUAAGACACUUUCUGUCUGGCGAUAUCCGGACCUACUUAUAGUUUACCUGAAGAGGUUUGUGUUCCAUGACGGAGUCAGCAUGAAGUUGGACAACAAGGUUACCUUCCCCCUGACGGGGCUGAGCGUCACACUUCAGCUGCAGCACGGUUUGCCCCUGACCUACAACCUGUACGCCUGCAUCUGCCACUACGGAGGUUCAACAGCUGGCCACUAUACUGCCUACUCUAAGAACCCUCGCACCAGCGACUGGUAUCAUUUCAAUGAUGAGACGGUGACGAAGCAGAAGCCGCAAGAGGAAGAUUACAGUAAUGUGUACAUCCUCUUCUACCAGAAACAAGGCGUGUCGUUCGACCUGUGCUCGCCCAAGUUGUUCGUGGGGGAGGAGAGCCCCAAACCGAACAUCGAGCAGCUCAUCCUCCGGCUGGACUCCUCGGUGGAGCAGGACUUGCAGGACGAACUGAGAGGUCACAGUUCGUCCCCCAUGUAGGAGCCGUGUGUCGAACUGAGAGGUCACAGUUCGUCCCCCAUGUAGGAGCCGUGUGUCGUGCGCGUACUUCGUCUUGUUCCCUAAACGUCCUUUCGUGCACUCGCACAGACACAGCGAGUGGGGUUUCGUGUAUAGUGAAAACGCUCCGACGAGGGCGACCAGUUUUUGUAAAACGGACUAUGAACACACUACAAAUUCUUCUUUUUUUUAGUAUUGUAUCAUGUGUGGUGUUAGUAUUUAUAAACAGUGAAGUGUAUAUUUUCUUUUUCCUCCCCUUUUGGGCAUCAGAGACUUAUGUCACAGUUUAGUUUACAGUGCUCAGAAAAGUUCCAAGCCAGUUUAUUGUAAUGAUUUCAGUAUUACAUGUUGAUGUGAUAGCAACAAGGUUAUUGAGGGAUUUUUAUUUUUAAUAUAGUGGCAUGUAAGUAUUUUAUUGUGCAAGUUGUUCAUUCCUGUGGUGUUUCCUCUAGUGUGUGUAAUGGAGACAUCAUUGUGGUAUCAUUAUAAAAAAAAAAAAGGAGUUUAGUUU